AUGUUACCAAAAGUAUUUAAACGUUUCUCGCCGGCAACCAGAAAUCGUCGUUACGUAAAACAGUUCUCGCGUUCCAAGUGGAAGGUACAACACCGAUCGUGUCAGGGAGGAUUGGUAUCCAAAAUCCCUCCUGUUUACGAACGCCCAACGGCCAGCAACAUUUCAUUUGAGACAGGAGGCGUGUUUAACGUAUCAAAGCCAUGCAACCGUCAGUCGCGCCCGUCAUCUGCUUCUCGUGGCGUGAGAUCGUGGCCGCUCGAGGAAGAAUCCUCAACAAUGGAUACAGUUCCUUUGCUAACACCGACCAUGGAAACCGAAUUGCUACAAGAGCCAUGGGUGUUCCCGCAGCCAAAAACAACCGUGCCGAAGGCCGAGGACAAAACAGCAUCCUCCACAUGGGAGGAGAACUUUCAGGACUUAAGUGGUUGGUGCAUAAUGGAUCCGUUCCAGGGUCAUUGCGAUUUUCCUACAGGUGAAUCUCCUACUUUUAAACUAUCAGGUACGAAAUACGAGGGUAAGAGUGGUUUGUCGUCAGAAGAGGGGGUAUUAAAGUGGAGCACGAAAAUGAAUACAGCUGAGACAACCGAACAUUCAAGUGAUAAUUCUCACAACUUGCAACCAACAUUAAACGUAACUAGCAAACAGGACAAGGAAAAUAGUUAUACAGUGUCAAGCACGUCCAAUUUGUGGUUGAAGAUAUCAAAAGGAACGACAGUAACAGAAAACACAAGCUCAAACAGAACGAUGGAAACCAAUACGAACAUUAGCGCACCAUUCCAAUCCAGGUAUCAGAUAGGGGAGAUUGAUUUGAACGAUACUUGUCCGAUUAAUUUCGAUCCGACUGAGAAUCAACGUGAAACGUGGGAUAUGUUACGAACGGUUGAAACAACCGGCUCGGAUACAUUCGAUUUAUUGUCGUACCUUUGCGAUGAUGAGAUGCGUUCUCCAGAAGGCAGCGUUUCAACAGAUUCUUCAAUAGUAUCGAAACCGUGGUCGUCAUCUUCGAAAUUGUCGACGACCUUACCAGAAACCACCGUUAAGGUAAAAACGGAGGAGGACGCCGUCAUGCAAGAAUGUUCGGGGGUAUCAACAACGUCGAUGGUAACGUCCACGACUACAGAAACUCCUGUUGUAAGCACUCGGAGAACCGAACGGCCGAGGAGGUCUGUUACCACUAAAGUAGAGAAACCGUAUACUAAAGUAAAACGCGAGAAACCGGCGCGAAGACGGUAUAACACCAUUGACAGCGAUUCGGAUGAUCAUUCGUUCGUUUCACACUAUCGGGAGUCAAGGGAGAAGAACAACGAAGCGUCGAGGAAGUCGAGGAUGAACAAGAAAGCGAAGGAGACGGAGAUGGCGGUGAAGGCGAACGAGUUGGAGAGGGACAACAGGAUAUUAAAGAUGAAAGUCGAGGAGCUCGAAAAACUCGUGACAUCGAUGCGCAGUGCGUUAUUGAGGUCUGCUUUGAAGAGGGAGUUUUAAUAGCCGCGUUUAUUUCACACGUUGUUAAAUACGUAUAUUCUAUGUUGGAUAUUGUCGCGUGACACCGCGUUGUUGUACUUUUCAAUCCUCUUUUCUUUUCCUUUUUUUAAUCACCGUUUAUUUCUUUCGAGUGUCCUAUAUAUAUAUGUUUCUGCGACACGAGAAGGAACGAUGCAUUAUUUUCAUCAUCUAUAGAUACAUCCAUGUAUAAUCGUUACGAAGAAUGAGUUGAAAAAUUGUGUUCCUAUUAUUGCAUUAUGCGUUCUUCUUAUACCUUAUUUCUCUCAUUUUUGUGUUUGAAGAUGAGAUUAUCUACGUAUGCAGAUUCGUAACGUUCGAAGGAUGUAUUCGUUAACAUUCUACGUAACUGUUUGUUGCACAAUCUUUACGUAUCAGUUUCGUUUUGUUUACGAAGUUAUGUACGAAAUGUUUUAUAAUGAUUAUAAAUGUUUCAUCAUUCGCCUUACCCAGUCGAAGAGAAACGAGAAAAAAGAUAUUUUGGUAAAGUAGGUGAAGUUUGGGAAUACUUGUAACUUGUAAAACAAAUGGUAUCUUUUUAGAGAUUUACAGAGAACGAAGGAUUACAUAAUCAUAUUUUGUUCAGCCUUGUAUUGUACCUGAUAAAAAGUAUAAAUACAUUUAGAGGUCGGAACAAGAUAAAUUAUGAUUGGCGAGAAUAUAAUUUUUUACUGGCGUGGGCACAAUAGUGGCAUGAUGUACAAUUAAUCUCCAAAUAAAGAACAUGCUUGAAAAUCUACCUCGUAUUAAAGAAAAUUAUUUUCGUAGACACGCGUUCAAACAUUACCUCACGCUUUGCUGUAUUUUAACUACUCCCAUUUACCGAAUUCUGUUUAUAAAUAAAUAGUGGAUGAUUCCAUCGCUUAACAUGGUAUUAUCAAAAUAUUGUCUAUUAUUAAGCAAUGGAAAAUAGUAUGCAGCUUGAGAGUAAAAUAAAUAUCCACAAUUUUAUUUCCUCGCUCACUUAAAAGAAUGUAGGAUACAUAAUUCGCACUUAGAUUAUUAUGUAUGAUAUGUUACUUAUUGUGAAUGCUAUGCAGUAAAAAUAUGCGCUGAACGAUCGAAAAUAUUGAAGUUUGCCUAAUCAUGUAAAUAAUGAUGAACUAAUAUAGAUAUAUAGAGGAGACGAAUAUUUUUUGUAUAGUCAGAUUUUUAUCCACGUGAUAUCUAUCUCUUAAGAAGGGUAGGUAGCUGUAUUUUAAUGUUACAUAGAAUUAGGGUUGUAGAUAAAUGAUGAAAUCUUUAAUUCGAUUGAACACCAAUUAGCAAUUAACGUUUAGUUUUCGAUUCGGAUAACCCUAAUUAAGAAUUAAAAUUAUUUAAUUAGCGUAAUAAAAACUAAUUCAUAGAAAUUCGAAUUAACGAUUGAAUUUUAAUUAUUAAUUAAAGAAUACCCGAAUUGUCGAUUGAGACUUAGACGAAUUUAAUCGUUAAUUGUUAAUGCGGUAAUUAAAAAAUCUGCAACCCUGGAUAGAAUGUUAGGGGUUCAAUUGGAACUCCAUAUUUUACUUCACUCUCAGUUUGCGAUUGUUUCAAGUAUGUAAAUCACGAAAAUUCUGUAUGUAGGCUGUGUAAACACGAACUCUAAAGAUGUAAUCGCUUUGUUAAUAAAUGUAAUCAUAUCUUCCACAAA